AUGAAUCUCUUUACACGCCGAUUAGCGGCUGCGGUUGCGGGCAGUUCCAGUCCGCCGACCCUCUACACGGACUCUGACACCGGCAUCACGUUUGAUACGUGGACCGUGGCCGCGAGUAGCUCUGCCGCGGGCCUAACCUUUGGCAUGGCCCUCCCGGGAGAUGCUCUGACUACUGAUGCAACCGAGUUCAUCGGGUACCUGUCUUGCAACUCGGCCAACGGCAAAGGAACAGGCUGGUGUGGUCUAUCCAUGGGCGGAUCCAUGACCAGCAAAUUACUGCUGAUGGCUUAUCCAUCGGGCGACCGGGUGUUGACCUCCUUCCGCUUCAGCUCUGGAUAUGUCAUGCCGGACCUCUAUACGGGUAACGCCACAGUCACGCAGAUCUCGUCCAGCAUCAACGCAACCGGCUUCACGCUGCUCUUCCGUUGCCAGAACUGUCUUGCCUGGGACCAGGGCGGUACGACUGGCAGUGUCUCAACGAGUGCUGGCCAGCUGGUCCUGGGCUGGGCACAGGCUAAGAAGAGUCCCACGAACGGUGCUUGCCCUGGCGAUUUGUCUCUUGUGCAACAUGAGGCCCAGAGCAUCUGGGCUGCGAAGUUUGAUAAGAACGCCGCCAGUUCUUCGUAUGAGGCUUGGACGAAGCUGGCCACUACUGUUGUUACGGGUGAUUGCGAUGGUAGUCCCGGUGGUGGCGGUAACGGCACUGAGCCUGUUGGCACGCCAGUCCCUGAUGGUGCGGUAUACGAUUAUAUUGUUGUUGGUAGCGGCCCCGGUGGAAUGGUUAUGGCGGACCGGCUGAGUGAAGCCGGGCACAAGGUGCUGCUGAUCGAGAAAGGACCUCCGUCCCUGGGUAUUUGGGGGGGCACUAUGAAGCCCGCCUGGCUGGAGGGCACCGAGUUGACGCGGUUCGAUGUGCCUGGUCUUUGCAACCAGAUCUGGGUCGAUUCUGACGGCAUCGCAUGCCCGGAUCAUGACCAGAUGUCGGGAUGUCUGUUGGGAGGAGGAACAGCGAUCAAUUCUGGGUUAUGGUGGAGCCCCUACUCUAAGGACUUUGACGAGAAUUUCCCCGACGGCUGGAAAUACAACGAUAUGAAAAAGGCCAUCAGUAAGGUCUUCUCUCGUAUCCCGGGUACAAUCCAUCCGUCUAUGGAUGGUUUCAUCUACCUCCAGGAAGGACCAAGCGUGAUCAUGAACGGUCUUCUCGCGGCGGGAUGGAAAAUGACCUCUUUUGAUGACUCCCCUGAGGAGAAAUACCGCAGCAUAGGCUACUCGCCUUACAUGUUCUCUAAUGGCCAACGCAACGGUCCCCUGGCUACUUACUUGGUCACUGCCCAUGAGCGCAGCAACAUGGACAUGUGGUUGAAUACCACCGUCCGUCGUGUGAUCCGGGACGGGAGCAGGAUCACAGGGGUCGAGGUCGAGCCCUUCCUCGACGGUGGAUCCCAGGGCGUGGUUAAUAUUACUGCCUCAAGUGGGCGCGUUAUUCUUUCUGCCGGUGCCUUUGGAUCGCCCAAGAUUUUGUUCCGAAGUGGAAUCGGACCCAAGGACCAGCUGACUGUUGUGAAGAAUUCCGCCUUGGAUGGUGACACUAUGAUCAACGAGUCGCAGUGGAUUGAGCUGCCUGUUGGCAAGAACCUGAUGGAUCAUCCGAAUACCGAGGUGGUGGUGCAACAUCCGGACAUUAUCCCCUAUGACUUCUACGGGGCCUGGGAGAACCCGAUUGAGGGAGACAAGGAGAGAUAUCUCACCAACCGGACCGGACCUUUAGCCCAGGCCGCUCCUAACGUCAACCCAAUUUUCUUCGAUCAAGUCACCGGCCCAGACGGCAUUACCCGACAGCUCGAAUGGCAGGCCCGCGUGGAGGGCAGUCACAAUAUCCCGGAUGGCCACACAAUCACAAUGACCCAAUAUGUGGGACGCGGCCAAACCUCGCGAGGCCGGAUGACAAUCAACGCGCAGCUCAAUACUGUCGUCUCGACACUUCCCUGGCUGACGGAUCAGAACGACGUGGAUGCCGCCAUUCAGGGCAUUGAACGCCUGCAGGCAUCUCUGAAGAACGUGACAGACUUGACAUGGGCGUUCCCGACAGCUAACGUCUCGAUCCCGGACUUUGUGAAUAGUUUGCCGUCUACAGGACGGGGAUCCAAUCAUUGGAUGGGGUCUUGCAAAAUGGGCCCUGACGAUGGCCGAGAUGGCGGCUCUGCGGUCGUGGAUCUCAACCUGAAGGUAUACGGAACUGAUAAUCUGUUUGUCGUGGACGCAAGCAUCUUCCCGGGAAUGAUUAGUGCGAAUCCCUCGGCGUAUAUCACCUCUGUAGCGGAGAGGGCGGCGGAAAGAAUUCUGGGUUUGUAGGCUGGGUGAGAGGUAGUUCGUUGUAUAUCUAUAGCGCUUGAGUUCUUUGUACAGCUGCGGCUUUGGUUCUUGACUAUUGCAUGUGUAG